GCUCUGGGCGGGUUCUCCUUCGUGGUGAACCGGGAGGGUUGGGUCGCGUUCGUGUCGGAGAACGUCCAGGAUGGGUUUUUCUUCAUGUUCAACCAGGAGGGUUGGGUCGUGUUCGUGUCGGAGAACGCUCUGGACGGGUUCUUCUUCGUGGUGAACCGCGAGGGCCGCGUCGUGUUCGUGUCGGAGAACGUCCAGGAUGGGUUUUUCUUCAUGUUCAACCAGGAGGGUUGGGUCGCGUUCGUGUCGGAGAACGCCCUGGACGGGUUCUUCUGCGUGGUGAACCGCGAGGGCCGCAUCGUGUUCGUGUCGGAGAACGUCCGGGAUGGGUUUUUCUUCAUGUUCAACCAGGAUGGUUGGGUCGCGUUCGUGUCGGAGAACGCUCUGGACGGGUUCUUCUUCGUGGUGAACCGCGAGGGCCGCAUCGUGUUCGUGUCGGAGAACGCCCUGGACGGGUUCUUCUUCGUGGUGAACCGCGAGGGCCGCAUCGUGUUCGUGUCGGAGAACGUGACGGGCUACCUGGGCUACGGGCAGGAGGAGCUGAUGAACUCCAGCGUCUACAGCAUCCUGCACGUGGGCGACCACGCCGAGUUCGUCAAGAACCUGCUCCCCAAGUCCCUGGGUACGGGGAAUCCGGGGAAAAUCCCGGACAAAUCCCGGAAAGAUCCGGGAAAAAUACGGGGAAAAUACGGGGAAAAUACGGGGAAAAUCCGGGGAAAAUCCGGGAAAAAUCCAAAAAAAUCCAGGGAAAAUUCAGGGAAAUACGAGGCCAUGCAGUGCUUCACCGUCAGCCAGCCCCGCACCUUCCAGGAGGAGGGGGAAGAUUUCCAGUCGUGUCUGAUCUGCAUCGCGCGGAGGCUGCCGCGCCCGGCGGCGCCGGCCCCCACCGAGUCCUUCGUCACCAAGCAGGACACCACAGGAAAAAUCAUCUCCAUCGACACCAGCUCGCUGCGCGCCGCCGGCCGGACGGGCUGGGAGGAUCUGGUCAGGAAAUGCAUCUACGCCUUCUUCCAGCCCCAGGGCCGCGAGCCCUCCUACGCCAAGCAGCUCUUUCAGGAAGUGAUGACGCGGGGCACGGCCUUCAGCCCCUCGUACCGCUUCACGCUGAGCGACGGCUCCGUGCUGAGCGCGCACACCAAGUGCAAGCUGUGCUACCCCUCGAGCCCGGAGCUGCAGCCCUUCAUCAUGGGCAUCCACGUCAUCGACAGGGAUCACGGGAUCCUGUCCCCCCAGGACGCCCCCGCGCCGGGCAUGGCCCUGCCCCGGGCGAAUCCCGGCGUUCCGCCGGCGCCGGGAAUGGCGCUGCUGCCGCCCCUCCCUCCCUCCAACGGCUCCGCCAUGGCCGGGACGCCCCCCUCGGGCCAGGGGAAUUUCGGGAAUCCUCUGGGAUCCAGCGUUGCCUUAAGCCAGACUCCCGGCAGUUCCCACCCGCUGGCGCACGGCGGCUCCCCCAUGCACAGCCCCGGCGUCGCGGCGCCGCCGUUCCUGUCGCCGCGGCACCGCGGCAGCCCGGGCUCCGUUCCGCGAUCCCGGGCUGCUCCCGGCAAUCCCUUCUCGCCAUCCGUGCACUCCCCGGCUUCAUCAUCCUCCUCAUCCUCCUCCUCCUCCUCGGGGAAUUCCCGGCCUUUCCCCAGCGCUCCCCUCACCGCGGCGCUGCCGGAGCCGCCGGCAAACGCGGCGUUUUUGAGGCAGCCGAGCUCCCAGGGCUCGCCCGGCCGCAAAGCCGACGCCAAGGACUCCAAGGAAAUCUCCUCCAUCCUCGGCGACAUCAUCCAGGGGGACGAGAAGCCCCCGGAGCCGGGAACGCCGCACGGACCCGAGGCGGGCGACGCCGGGAAGUGUCCCCAAGGCACGAGCCACCGGCUGGUGCAGCUGCUGGCCAGCACGGCCGAGCAGCAGCUGCGGCACCACGCCGAGGCCGCCGACGCCAAGGAGGCCGCGCUGGCGUGCGCCGGCGUGGCCGGGAUGGGCAUUCCCAAAGAUUUUCUGGAUUUGGCUUCCCAUUCCCAUGGAAUCCUGGAGAUCUGGAAUGCCUUUCGCACCGCGCAGUUCUCGGCCGAGCUGGAGCAGCUGGAGCAGCUCCUCCCCUCCCUGGACAAAGCGGCGCCGAUUCCCGGGAUCGCCCCCCUGGAGCGGAGCGAGCCGGGGCCGGCGCAGCCCCGAGCGCCCCCAGCUACAGGUACGGCACCCCCGUUCCCCCAAAUUCCCGGAGAUUCCCGGAAAAUCCCGGAAAAUCCUGGAAAAUCCCGGAAUUCCGGACGCGGAAAGGGCGGGAAUGCGGAGAAAUCCACACCCGGGGUCCCGGAGAGAGCCGAGAUUUUUCUGGGAUUUGGGGUCCAAAUGUUGGAAAUGAUCUGA